AUGGUUGUCAAGCUCUGUCUCGUCACUGUGGGAGCUACGGCACCGUUCGAGAAGCUCGUCCAGGCCGUCCUCCAUGAGUCGUUCUUGGCGGAGCUGGAGAAGCACAAGUUCACCCGUCUCUUGAUCCAGCAUGGCAAAGGUGGCCAGCAAGUCUUUGACGCCUACCGUGCCGAGUAUGAGAGCGGCAAUAUUGACCACGGUAUUGAAAUCGGUGGCUUUGAUCUUCGCCCCAACAUGAUCCCAUAUCUCCGCAUGGUCCGAGACGACCCCGGCGACUUCCAGGAGCUUGGAAUGGUGAUCAGCCAUGCCGGUACCGGCUCAAUCUUGGACGCUCUUCGUGCGGGCGUGCCACUCGUGGUUGUUCCCAACCCUGAUCUAGCCGACAACCACCAACAGGAGCUGGCCGAUCAACUUGCCGGCCUGGGAUAUGCCAUCAUUGGCAAACUUGAUGAUAUCCCCAGCACUGUUGGCCAAGCUGUCAAGCAGGGUGAGCGGGCGCCCUUCUUCCGCCACGGCCAGAAGGGUCGCGAGAUCCCGAUGGGGGAUGAACUGUCGUGGGUGGACUGA